AUGUCUAAUCAAACAACGGUGACUGAGUUCAUCCUCCUGGGAUUCUCUGAAUCCUUGGAACUACAAAUCCUGCAUGUUGUCAUCUUCUUAACAGUGUACCUGAUAGCAAUGAUGGGGAAUCUCCUAAUUUUUAUAGUCGUAGUCUUUGACCACCGUCUGCAUACCCCCAUGUACUUCUUCCUGAUGAAUUUGUCCAUCCUAGAUAUUGGAUCUAUCUCUGUGACUGUCCCCAAAUCCAUAACUAAUACUCUAAUGAACACAAGGAGAAUUUCCUAUGCGGGAUGUGCCACACAAGUCUUCUUCUUUGUCUUCCUUGUUACAGCUGACUUCUUCAUCCUUACAAUCAUGGCAUAUGACCGCUAUGUCGCCAUCUGCAAACCACUGCACUAUGAGAUGCUAAUAGACUGGAGAACUUGCACCCGAAUGGCAGCUAGCGCAUGGGUUAUUUCUCUUCUGUAUUCUGCACUGCACACUGGUAACACUUUUAAUUUACCUUUCUGCAGCUGUAACGUCAUAAACCAGUUCUACUGUGAUAUUCCCCAGGUACUCAAGCUUUCCUGUUCUGAUGCAAACACCAAAGAAAUUGGAAUUUUGGCCUUUAGCAUGUGUCUCGGCUUAGGCUGUUUUUCAUUCAUCAUAGUGUCGUAUGUUCAGAUAUUCACUGCAGUGCGCAGAAUCCCCUCUGAGGAUGGUCAGCAUAAAGCCUUCUCCACCUGCAUUCCUCACAUCAUGGUGGUCUCACUGCUUUUAUUUACUGCCAUCUUUGCCUACUUAAAGCCCACCUCCACUUUCCCUAAUUAUUGUACUGUAGGUACAUAUUUCUUACUCUCUUUAAUCAUGUAUGUCACAUCUUAA